GUCACGGGCUGCGCUUUCUCCCCCACUGGGUCCCGCCUCUCCUCCGGGGAAAGCAGGCCCGGCGGCGGGAGAAGCGAGUGGGGGGAAGGGGGGAAGCCAUGCAAGAGGCCCGUGCGUCCCGCUCCGAGCCGUCGAGGAGGCGAGGAGAAACCCCGCUUUCCUCGCUCCCUCCAGGUCGGAGAAGGAGGCGCACGGACCGGCUCCCCGCAAAAAGGGACGGGAAUAGUCCGUCCCGGGGCGGGGAAGGGGCGUUUGCAAGGCCUGAGGGGAGCCUGAGAGGUGGGGUCUGAGAGGGAGGUAGGGGGGAAUCCCGGCGAAGUUUCCUACUUUGCGCUUCUUUAGCGGACAGCGGAGCUUUGCUCCUCCCGGCAACCCGCGGUAGGCGAGGCGAAGUUCUGCAACUGCUCCGGAUGAACCAAAGCGGGCGGCCCAAGGCCUGAGGAACCUCCUCCCGAGGCCCUUUUCCCUGCCGUCCAACGGGGACCAUGGCUAGGACCGGCUGCGGUCCUGGCUGCAGCCUUCCCCAGCCGCCUCCGUUUCGCUUUCUGGACCUGGCCUUUGCCCUGGUGGGCACCCUGGCCUUCCUGCUGGACUUGGGGGCCGAUGUCUGGGUGGCUGCCAGCUACCUCCGAGCCGGCCACUUGCAGUGGGGCGGGCUGGUGUUGGGGCUGCUGCUCCUCUCCUCCUUGACGACCCAGUUCUUUAGCUGGGCUUGGUUCCGAAGUGACUCCGGUAAAGAAGGCCUCUCCCAGCCAUCCGCCCGGACCUCGAAGCUGCUCCAUGUCCUACAGCUCGGCUACCUGUACAGGUGUCUCUGUGUCCUGAAGGUAGGUUUCCAGGCGUGCAAGAUGGAAGAUGCAACAGCAACUCAUCAGGCCUUUGCCAUUUUCCUGUCACAUGAUGUCAGUCUCUUGCGCCUCUUCGAGACCUUUCUGGAAAGCGCACCUCAGCUCAUCCUGGUGAUCUACAUCAUCCUACACACUAACCAAGCUGAGAUAUUUCAAGUGCUUGGGAUUUGCACAUCUUUUCUGUGUAUCACCUGGGCCCUCUUGGAUUAUCACCAGACCCUGCGCAGCUUCCUGCGGGACAAACACAAGUUGGCCUUCCUGUCUUCGGUCCUCUACUUCCUGUGGAACUUCCUAUUGAUGUGUCCUCGCAUUCUCUCGUUGGCGCUCUUUGCAGUAGUCUUCUCAGGCUUCAUUUUCCUCCACUUCCUAGUCAUCUGGUUGGCUAUGCUUCUCUGGGUCUCCUUGCAAGGGACAGACUUGAUGGAACAUACCACCUUUGAGUGGUUUUAUCGAGCUACGGUAGCCGUUAUCCUCUAUUUCUGCUGGUUCAAUGUGGCCGAGGGGAAAACCCGUCACCGCUCAGCUAUUUACCACAUUUUCCUAAUUCUGGAUAGCGUCAUCCUGAGUGUCUCUUGGUGGUGGUACAGAAUUCCCUCGAGCUGGGAUUCCCAAGUGUGCACUGCACUCCUAGCUGCCCUGGUCUGUUAUGCCCUUGGCAUUUUCUUGAAAUGCGUCUACUACAAGUGUUUUCAUCCCGCUAUGAAAACUGCACUCAUUACGGAUUACGAUGAAGUAGACAGCAAUGAGCCUGGGAAUGGAGAUGCGGUUGUGUUCCGGCAAAUAGUUAUAGAAACCCCCGUCAUCAACCAUCGGACGUAUAGACUCUCUCAGAACUUCUUUGCUGGCUCUUUGGCCGAGGAGACUCGGUACCAACAGAAUGGGACUGUCGGUGAUAUGUAUCUAUGAGCCAUGUUGUUUAGGGCAACCAAGACAAAACUAUAGUAGAAUAUAGAUUCAGAAAACAUUUGUACCAGUUUGCCUGCUGAAUCCAUGUCUAUGUUUCUUCCAGGAUUAGCCAUAUAAACUAAACCAAAUAAGCUCAGAAGGAAAUGUUAUUAGUUAAGGAUGAGAUUGUACAGCUGUCCUCUUGAAGAGAAUCUUUCGCAGGGGGUGAAAGAUAUGAAGCAACACCAGCAGAUAUGGCCAAAUAGGGCCUAAGUUGAAGAAUGCUGGGAAAUGUAGCUAGCAAAUUCAGAUGUUCAUAGGUACAUCGUUGUUUUUGAUGUCUCUAAUUCUGGAUUCUAUGACUUGCACCUUAUUGUAGAUUGCAAUACUUCUCACUUCUGGUGCACUUUUCAAACUUUAUACCUUUAAAUUCAGGCCUUUAGUUCACUGUACUUGACUGCCCACCUGCCUGCAUUCUGAUGUUACAUGAGAAAAAAUUAGUUGAAAUGGCCUUUGGUCACAUCACAUGCUUCCACUUUUCUUUGAUGUGACCAUCAGAAAGGUCCCAAACUGUCGCUUGUACUUUUAACUAGUUCUUGCCAUAGUAUCUGAACUAUGACAUCAAGGUUUCUAUGGAUGUAUAGUUUAUCUGGAAAAACACAUAAUCCUUAAACCAUAAACUAUAAACCAGAGGUCUUCAAACUUGGCAGCAUUAAGACUUGUGGACUUCAAUUCCCAGAAUUCUCCAGCCAGCA